AUGUCCUCUGGCGACGAUCCCCGUGUUGGAUCUGCUCGCGAUGGAGAACAGGCCCCUAAUGCUUCCCGCCUAACUGCUGGCGAGAACAGCUCGAGCCUCGUCACACUUGUCGCAACACUCGUGCCCGUUUUCAUUUGGACGGUACUAUGUCUUAUCUUCUUUCUCGGGUUAAGACGUCGCUGCCGACGAGUGUAUUCACCUCGCGCAACCCUGAAAAGCCUUCAUCCAAAUGAACGGAUCGCAAGUCUCCCACAGGGCUUGUUGAAAUGGAUCAAGCCUUUCUAUCGCACGCCCGACAGCUUCGCCCUCAAACACGGCUCCAUUGAUGGAUUUUUAUUCUUGCGCUUUUUGAGGGUCUUAUUGCUCAUCCUCGGCGUCGGUUGCGCUCUCAUGCUUCCAGUGCUGCUGCCGAUUCACGCCACCGGCGGCGCCGGCAAUGGAGGCCUUGACCUCCUGACUAUGGGCAACAUUACUUCUAAGCAGUUUUAUUAUGCGCAUGCUAUAAUGGCCUGGCUGUACUUUGGAUUCAUUCUGUAUGUGGUGCUUCGAGAAUGUAUCUUCUGCAUUCACCUCAGGCAUCUCUGCUUGACAUCCCCCUUUUUCGCAGAUCGACUCUCGGCGAGAACGGUUCUAGUCACAUGCGUUCCUCAUGCGUAUCUUACGGAGCGCAAACUACGAGAAACCUUUGGAAGCUCUGUGCGUCAAGUGUGGAUCCCCAAAGACACCGAGGAGCUGCAAGACCUGGUCAAAGAACGCCACCAGACAGCUCUACGUUUGGAGAAAGCCGAGGUCAGACUCAUCAAGAUGGCAAACAUGGCUCGAACCCGAGCUUCGGGAAAGGAUGGGAAGCGUAAGCCUUGGUACCGCCGAAGACGCAAGCAAGAGGAUGCCGUCAAUGUUCUUGCCGUUGCCAAAGACGAAGAAGCACCGCCGGAGGCUGCCACUCCACUACCCGACGUCAGCGGCUCGGUCGCCUCACAAUGGAUCACCCAUAGCUCCCGCCCCGUGCACCGCCCGCUUGCAAAUGCGAUUCGGCGCGUGGACACCAUCAAGUGGACGCGCAACAGGCUCAAGGCGUUGGCCAGGAGGAUCCUCAAGGAGCGAAACGAGCUGCUACUGCACAACGAAGAAAAGCCCGUCAUCCCAGCUGCCUUUAUUGAAUUUGCCAGUCAGGCUGAUGCGCAAGUUGCUUGCCAAACACUCUCUUAUCACCAGCCAUUGUAUAUGGCGGAGCGAUAUGCCGGUGUUCGGCCAUAUGAGAUUGUAUGGGCAUCGCUCUCUCUGGCCUGGUGGUCAAGAAUCGUCCGAAAGUUUGGCAUGCAGGCAUUCAUCGCAGUGCUGGUGAUUUUUUGGUCCCUGCCAUGCGCUUUCGUAGGCAUGGUGUCCAAUAUCGAAGCUCUGUCGGCGAGGAUACCGUUUCUUGGCUGGAUCAUGGAUCUCCCAGGCCCCAUCCUGGGGGUAUUGACCGGUUUGGUACCGGCGCUGGCUCUUGCCUGGCUCAUGAAUACUGUGCCGUGGAUCGUUCGAACCGCAGCCCGCAUUGCUGGCACACCCACGCUCACUAUGGUUGAGGUGUACACACAGAAGGCCUACAUCAUCUUUCAGAUUGUACAAGUCUUCCUAGUCACCACCCUCAGUUCGGCGGUCUCGGCAGCCCUCACUCAGAUCCUACAGAACCCGAUGUCGGCCACUACACUUCUCAGCGAGAACCUACCAAAGUCAUCGAACUUCUACAUCUCUUACAUUCUGGUGCAAGGACUUGUGCUCGGUUCGGCAGGUCUGGUCCGCUUCCUCGACAUCAUACGUUAUUACAUCUUUCCCAUGCUACCUCACGACCAUCGCAAGCGAUACGAGCGAUAUCACAGCCUUCGGCCGGUGCACUGGGGCGGCGUCUUCCCCGUUUUCACCAACCUUGGCAUCAUUGGCAUCUGCUAUAGCUGUAUAGCGCCACUCGUCUUGCUUUUUGGCGUUAUCGGCAUCGGCUUCAUAUAUCAAAUCUACAGAUACAACGUUCUGUACGUCUUUAACUCUGAAGUUGACACGCGUGGCCUCCUUUACCCGGCAGCGCUCAUGCAGUUGAUCUGGGGUCUCUACCUGGCAGAAGCCUGCUUGAUUGGCCUGUUCGCAUUGAAGGCUGCAGCUGGGCCGAUCGGUAUAAUUGUCGCACUACUUGUCACCACCAUUCUAAUUCACCGCUCUCUUCUGCAGGCACUCGGUCCACUUCUGUUUGAUCUGCCAAAAUCACUUGCUGGAUCGAGUACAUCGGCGAGCCCGAAUGGACCUCUCGAUCCCUUCAGUCUGGCCAAUGCAGAUCAUCCUCUUGCACAUGUGGGUUCGGAUGCACUCGACGCUUCUCCGACGGAACAUCAAAACACGCUGUUUGCGGACAUUGCAGAAGAUGAGAACGCAGAUCACAUACCUGGAGCAACUCGGGGUGAUGAUGGUCUGAUUCAUCGACAUAAAGGAUCUACCGGGAGCAAAAGCCACUCCACGAUAUCCCACCACGGCCCAGAAUCAUCGGAGUCUCCUUCAAGCACCAGCGAUAUCGGUGGACGGACAGAAAAGAGCAUGAUAGGCGAGAGAAGCCCAUCAACAACCCGAGAUUCCGCCCUCGAGGACAUCGAGACCACUCGCGGCACUCAUCUCCCAUCGGAGGCAACCGAGCCCUUCCGCCUCGAAGGCGUGGCUGCUCUCUUGAAAGUCUUCUACAGCGGCGGCACCACCAUGCUCGGCAAGCAACUCGCGCCACACAAAGAGCGCCUCUCUAAACGGGUAUCUCCCGUCACCACGCACCCCCGCUUCCUAGCUUCGCACGCCCGCCUCCGUCGCGCGAUCCAGUACAUGUCGCCCCUCUACUACGCCUCCUCGGACCAUGUCCCCAACCUUGUCGCCAAGCUGCACGAACUCGAUCCUCCCGAGUACCCCAAUGAGACCAAACGCCUGGUCUACCUGCAUCCGAGCAUGUACACGCCGCCGCCCCGGCUGUGGAUUCCACGUGACGAGGGCGGAGUCAGCAGACAGGAGUGCGAGCACAAUAACCGAUUGGGCAAGGGGGUCGUGGAAUGCACGGAUGAGGGCUGGGAGGUCGACGAGAAGGGGAAGCUGUGGAGAGACGUCGAGGAUUCGACGGCCCAGUGGUGCAUGGAUCGCGGGUGGAGGGGGCGGUGGUGA